GUUCCCCGUUCUCCGCCCUGGCCUCUCGGACCCCCCGCCGCAGACCGUUCUUCGGCCUCCUCGCGCGGGGCCAUCGCCGCCGAUCCAACACCCUCGACAACCCCACUCGCCCCUUCGGCCUCAGCUUCGGCCUCGGAGGAGGAGAGAGAGGCGCAGCGGGAGCCCACGCAGCAGCACCAGCACCAGCAGCGGCACCAGCAGCACCACCCGGAUCAUCUCCAGCAACAGGAGCAGGAGCAGCCUCAGCCCUCGCGCGCGCGCCUCACACCCAAAGUCACGCCCAGACGCAGACGGCCACCAAGCCUGGGACGAAUCACUCUCCGGCGGACACGGGCACGGGCACAGCGCACGACCACGAGCCCCAGCCUGCGAGCAGCCCCUCUCCCGCCUCUCCGUCGCUGCCCGCCCCCAUGACGACCGCCCACGCCCCGCACACGAACCCCCAGGCGCAGACACAGGAGCCCGCGGCGCUGGCGAUGACGAAGGCGGGCCUCAAGUCGUGGUGGAACAGCUUUACGUUCGCGCAGCGGGCGAAGAAGGAGGCGGAGGAGAAGAAGGCGGCCGGGGGCGCGGAGCCGCAGAACGUCGUGUUCGGGAAACCGCUCAAGGAGAGCCUCAAGUACGCGAGCGUGCAGAUCUCGACCGCGAAUGCGAACGGGGAGCUGUAUGUGUGGGGGUACAUACCCGUCGUGGUUGCGAAAUGUGGGUUGUAUCUCAAGGAGAAUGCGACGGAAGUGGAGGGUACUUUUCGUGUAAGUGGGUCAAAUAAACGGAUGAAGGAGUUGCAGGCCGCUUUCGAGACUCCUCCACGGUAUGGGAAGGACCUGGAAUGGACAAAGGAGCAAUUCACCACACACGACGUUGCAAGUGUGUUCCGACGAUACCUCACUCAGAUGCCCGAACCUGUGAUACCCCACGACAUGUACCAUCUAUUCCGUGAUGCUCUCGCGAAGAAACCUCGCAACGAGGACGAAGUCAUCGCAACAUACAAGCGGCUGAUACGCUCAAUGCCCCGCGCGAACCAGUAUCUGCUCCUCUACGUGCUGGACCUUCUGUCCGUGUUCGCGAGGAAAUCGGAUAAGAACCUGAUGACGGCCAAGAAUCUAGCGGUGAUCUUCCGGCCGGCCCUUAUCGCGCACCCGAGCCACGAGAUGUCGCCGCAGGAGCACCAGCUCAGCCAGGACGUGUUGGAGUUCCUGAUCAAGCACCAGGACUGGUUCAUGCUCGACAUCCCACCACCGCCAACAACAAAACCGUCGGACAGCGCGGUGACGGUGCCGAUGAAGGAACCCGUCGCGGACAUCCUUGCAAGCUCAGAUGAAGAAUCGGGCGGCUGGAAGCUGAUCAGCAGGGACGCAGUACCGAAGAAGAUUGGGCGGCGGAGAACGACGACAGAGCGCUCGGGAGAGAAAUCGCCAGCAGAAACGGGGCAGCUGUCGCCCGUGGUCGAGGCGCCGCCGUCGCGGUCGAACUCCGUGGUCACGGUGACCCGGUCGCGGACGCUGCCCUCGUCGAAGUCGGGGCGACUACCGGAGGAGGAGCGGCACGCGAAGCUGGUCAAGAAGCAGAAGCGCGCGUCGGUGCAGCCAGGGCGGACGGCCAGCGGGGGCGCGAACGCCGGGUGACGGCGCGCGUGCAGCGUCUUACGCCAUGCACGCCGUCGCUCCUGCCUCGCCUCGCGCUUCGUGUCUUCGUCUGGGCUCGCUCGUCUCCGCUGAUCGCUCGUCUUGGUCUCGGUCUUCGUUUUCGUCUCCGUCUCCGUCCUCAUCGUCACUACACUCGCUAUACCACCGUACAUGUACUACCCCCCACGUUUUCUUUGCUGCUACCUCCAGGUCACGCUUCGUGCAUUCGUCAGAUUUACAUAGGUGGCGGCAGACGGCCUCUGCUCACGAUUGUGUUAUGAUAUAUGUUGUUGUUGCGAUAGCUGUCUACUCCAUCGGCCUCUCAUACGGCCGCCCCGUCUCUCCAGCCGCGUUUUGAUCAGCUUGAGCCUCAGGCUCUUUCCUACCCUGCGUACGUACGUACAAACCCGCGACCCCGUCUGCCUCCCCCACGCGUCGCCGACUGUCCUUCCGCCUCCGUCUGGCUGCAUUCGUCUCCCUCUCUCUCCAUCGCCCAUGCGCUCCUC